AUGCGUGAUAAUGCAUACAAAAAUUUAUUACUUUCACUGGUUACAGCGAUUAAUCUCUCAUCAACUGAUUAUGUUACUAAAAAUACAAUUGAAUCUGUUGAAAAACUAUUAAAUUUUUUUGUCAAAAAUUUUGAGUUAACUUUUGGUUUGCGUCAUAUGUCUAUUAAUAUCCAUUCAUUUCUACAUGUUUCUGAUAGUCUUAAAUUAAUCGGACCAUUAUGGACAUGCUCAACGUUUGAUUACGAAGGUAUUGAUAAAGACUUAGUGAGUACCGUCCAUGGCACAACCGAAUAUGCCAAACAACUAAUUCGUCACCAUAUUUUGUAUCGAGAUGCAAUCAUUCAAAAUAAAAAACCAAACUAUCCCUUGGUAUUGUUCACGGUUAACCAAGCACUUCUUAAUAGAAAACAAUCAAAAUAUCGUUAUCGCAAUGAUGUAGAUGGAUGUUCGUUACCUAAUCCAGUGUCUAAAGAGUUGUAUGAUUUAAGUGAUAAUGGUAUUGCUUCAUGUGUCCAAGCUCAUUUUAAAGAUCCAUUAACGUAUUAUCAUUCUUUAAUCAUAUCAGGUGUUUUGAUUAAAACAACAAUGACAUCUUAUGGUAAAUUAUUUAAUGAUAGUUGUAUAUCUUUUUACUUUGAUAAUGAAAAAAUUCGUUAUGGACUUGUCAGAGCCAUAGUUAAGUCCAAACAAGAUAGUAUUCGUUUAUUUAUAGAAGAACUUAUUGAAAAAAAGCCUGGAUCAUCGCAUUUGAAAUUCAAAGUCAAUGAUGAACAAUAUCAACUUCCAAAUGUAUUUUUAUUGAAACGUUCGACUAUCUUUCACAUUAAGCAUCCAAAAUGUCUAGUAAAAAAACAUGCUAUAAUUUAUAAACCUGGCAACCGUGUUACUGUUUUAGAAUAUCCUAAUUUGAGAGAUAACAGCUAA